AUGAAUCAAAGUCGAUCAGUGCUGGAGCUCUGGGUGGACAUCCUGAAGGCUGGUGAGGGUGUUGUCGACACCACCGAGCACAUUGACUCCAUCCGCUUCUCCAAGAAUGUCUGGAACUGCGCCUGGGCAUCUAUGCAAGGCCUCGUCCGAUCUACUGCUCUUGCUUUUGCUCCCCUCUCUGCCGAGCACUCUGCUGUCAUCAAGUCGUACUUUCGCGAGAUUGUGACAGUUGGAUUCCAAGCGGGUCUGUUAUGGAAGGGGAUGGUGCAGUACCCAACCAAGGAAGUGAGCGAGGGUUUGGACGAUGUUGUCGAGUACUGCUGGGACAAGAUCACCGGUAUGGCCAAAGCUCGCGGCGUCGGCCACAAAUACUCUCUCCUGAUCGACGUCGAGAUGGGCCGUCCAUUCGAGGUCGAAGUCAUCACCGGUGCCGUACUUCGACUCGCUCAGAAGUACAAGGUGGACACUCCCAGGCUGGAGUACACUUAUGUGCUGCUGAAGGUAUUGCAGGGCGAGAUCUUGAGGGAGCAGAGGGAAAAGUUGGAGGAGAAGGCCGUCGGGGCGUAG